ACGCUUUCUUUCUUUCUUUCUUUCUUUCUUUCUUUUCCUUUUUAUUCCCUCUUUCACCUUCGUUUUACCAUUAAAAGUUCUAAAAAAAUUAUAAUUUGAAGUUUUAUUUGCAGUAAUCUCCAUUGACUUCUUCAAAAUUCUUCAUCUUUCAUCCUUUAUUUUCACCCUCAAAAACUAUCCCCUGUUUCCGCCAUUGCUGUCUUUCACCAUUUAUCUUCCAUCUUCUAACUUCAAACACCUCAUAACUUGGAAUCCCACUUCAUAACUUUCAUUUUUAACCUUACCCAUCCUUUCAACUUCGUUAAAUCGACCAAUUGUUUCCGUAGAAUCAUUCAGUCAAUGGGGACGCUCUGCUAUUUGAGACAUUCUUCUCCCUUAUUCUCCACCUUGAUUGUGCUUCUUCUUCUCAAAGAGGUUUCCGGUGCUACAUUCACGUUCGUUAACAAGUGUGAUUACACCGUCUGGCCGGGAAUUCUCGCCAGUUCAGGCAGCCCGAAACUCGAAACCACCGGUUUCGAGCUUCAAGCGGGCAACUCUCGCUCUUUGCAAGCUUCAACCGGCUGGUCCGGUCGGUUCUGGGGCCGAACCAAAUGCAAUUUCGACGACUCCGGGCGUGGCAGCUGCAACACCGGCGACUGCGGCUCUGGAGAGAUAGAGUGCAACGGCGCCGGUGCCACGCCUCCGGCGACGUUAGCCGAAUUCACACUCGGCUCCGGCUCGCAGGACUUCUACGACGUUAGCCUAGUGGAUGGCUACAAUCUGCCGAUGAUCGUGGAGGGAACCGGCGGGUCCGGCACGUGCGCGUCAACCGGCUGCAUUACGGACCUGAACCAACUCUGCCCGGCUGAGCUGAAAGCGGAGGAUGGCGGCGCGUGUAAAAGUGCUUGUGAAGCAUUUGAGACGCCGGAGUACUGCUGCAGCGGCGAGUACAACUCGCCGGCUACUUGCCGGCCGUCAAUGUACUCACAAAUGUUUAAAUCGGCGUGCCCUAAAUCGUACAGUUACGCGUAUGAUGACGCCACUAGCACAUUCACUUGCAAUGGAGCUGACUACACCAUCACAUUUUGCCCUUCUUCCCCAAGUCGGAAAUCUUCGAGUGAUUCAUCACCAAUGGUACCAGAGUCAAAUACACAGACUGAAUCAGAACCAGAGUCAGAAUCAGAUUCAGGAACAAUACAAGGAGCAGCUUUGAGUAGUUCUUGGCUUGCAAAUAUGGCCAUUGGAGGAGACUCAUCUACGGCCAAGAAACCAAGCGUGGGAUUUCAAUAUGUUUCAAUUUUGAUAUUCAAUUUGGUUCUAUCUUUGGUUCUCUCAUAGUAGAAGAUGAAGUGAUGAAAGGGAUGAUGAAGAAAAAGAAAUUAGAAGAUAAUUAAUUGAGGAAAGCCCAUAUUACAACAUUUAGUAGAGAAUGUAGGAAACUUUAUUAUUUUGAUGUAUGUACAAAAUUUAAGGAAAAAAGAUUGUUGCUUUUUUUUUUUUUUUUUUUCAUUUAGAGAUAGGGAGAAAUUAAAAUAUUAAUGUUUAAUAAUAAUGAUAAUAAUAAAAGAAAAGGGAAAUUGAUUUUGGCUUUA